CGGUGGCUCGCUCCAUUGUUUGUGGAGCUGAAAAGUCUGGAAGGGCCCGCGCGGCCCCGAGAAAAUUUUGAACUCUGCAACGAACCACCACGCACCACCGCUUUUUGAGCUCGCGGCGAGGGUUUCGACGGCGGCGGCAGGCGCGACAUGGCCGGGAAGAAGCCCACCCCAGUAAAGCCCGCCGCUCCCUCCACCCAGCGCAACGGCAGCGCCGCCCCCGGCUCCAAGAGCCGGCCUAAGCAGGCUUCGGAGGAGGCCGCAGCCGCCAGCGCCAAGGCGCAGUCGGCCUCCAAACCUCGCAAAAUCACCAAGGAGAAGCCGGCGGCCGCGAAGAAGAAGCGCGACAAGCCGGAGCCCCAAGUGGGCGGCAAGCGUAAGAAGCAGCAGGCGUCCGCCGACGCGGCCACGCCCGCAAAGAAGAGGAAGAAGGGCGGCGAAGGCCCGGAACCCAAACCCCAGAAGGAAGCAACGCCCGCGAAGAAGCACAAGCCAUCCGGCAAGCCGGAGAAGCCUGCGACGCCCGGGAAGAAGCAGAAACCAGCCGUGAAGCCCGCGACGCCCGCAAAGAAGCAGCAGCCAGCCGGGAAGUCCCCGACGCCCGCGAAGAAGCAGAAGCCAGCAGGCAAACCCGCGACGCCCUCGAAGAAGCAGCAGUCAACCGGCAAGCCCGCGACGCCCGCGAAGAAGCAGCAGUCAACCGGCAAGCCCGCCACGCCCGCGAAGAAGCAGCAGUCACCCGGCAAGGCCGCGACGCCCGCAAAGAAGCAGCAGUCCCCUGGCAAGGCCGCGACGCCCGCAAAGAAGCAGCAGUCCCCCGGCAAGCCAGCGACGCCCGCGAAGAAGCAUCAGUCACCCGGCAGAGCGGAGAAGCCCACGCCGAAGAAGAAGCAUCAGUCACCCGGCAAAGCGGAGAAGCCCACGCCGAAGAAGCAGCAGUCACCCGGCAAAGCGCGGAAGCCCGCGGCGGGAGCGACCUCGCUCCCGAAGAAGCAAGCCAAGCACGAGAAGCCCACGCCCACCAAGAGGAAGCGCGGCGACGAUGCGCCCCAAAAGGAGGCCAAGAGCCCCAAGAGAGCGCCUGCCGAUGGGGAGGUUCACGCAUCUACGCCCGUGAAGAAGAAGCGGAAGGACCAGAAGGCGGCUGCGGCAGACAUGGGUGUGUGCAGCUUCCCCAUGGCGCGGGUGCGGCAGCUGAUGCGGGUCGAGGACGCCACCAUCCGCGUUUCCAGUGAUGCUGUCUUCCUCAUCAAUAAGGCUUCCGAGUUCUUUUUGGGGAAGUUUGCAGAGGAUGCUUAUCGCAAUGCGGUGAAGGAUCGUAAGAAGUCCAUUAUUUACGACAAUCUUUCAACAGCUGUUUGCAGCCAGAAGGGUUUAAAGUUCCUUUCAGAAUUUGUACCGCAGAGAGUUGCCGCCGAAGAUGCUUUGAAGGCGAUGGCGGGCAACAACUUGUAACCGAUUAUGCUAGACUAGAUUCUUAGUCCUCUGUUGAGGCAUGCUAAGUGUUUUUCCCCAGCAUGUACAAGGAAACCUGUUUUACUGACUGAUUACUGGAUGCUAGUGUUCACACCCUCCAUUUGGGAACGUUGCGAUGAGCUUUUGUCAACUGUAUGUAUAAUUUCGGGUUAGGGUUCAAAAUCUCCAGGGGAAUUGUCGGGUGCGGGUGCAUCGCUCGCUCGCCCCAGACCAUGCUUCCUUCGAUCACGCCCAUCCAAAUCACGUCUCCUCCCCUGCAAGUGAAGUGGAUUGGAUUUUUGCAGAGGCAUGUCAUCAUGUUGGCAUGGAAUCACAUAGACUUGC